UGGACAGCUUAUGAACCCAAACACCAGCACGUCCGCUCAACUGUUCCGCAGAGAGCGGGCACGUCUUGGUCUGAGUCCUGUCGUUCCGGCUGAGCUUUAGCGGUCACCAUGCCUUUUAUCGAGCAUAUGUCCAACGCGGACCUGGAGCGGCUGGCGCUGGACCGGGUCGUGCCGGCCCUGCUGACCCACGGCUUCUGCUACGUGGACGGACUCCUCGGGGAGCCGGCCGGGAGCGCGGUGCUGGACCAGGUGAAGGAGAUGCACCGUUCCGGAGAGUUGCAGGACGGCCGUCUGGCCGGCACCGUCCCGGGCAUCAACAGGAAGAGCAUCCGCGGGGAUAAGAUCGCGUGGGUGAGCGGCACCGAGCGGGGAUGCGAGGCGAUCAGCUUCCUGCUCGCCCUGGUGGAUCGGCUCAUCUCCGUGUGCGCCAGCCGCCUGGGUAAUAAAGCCAUCCGAGAGAGGUCCCAGGCCAUGGUGGCGUGUUACCCAGGAAACGGAGCAGGUUACGUCAAACACGUGGACAACCCGAACUGUGACGGACGCUGCCUCACCUGCAUCUACUACCUCAACAAGAACUGGGACCCCAAGGAGCAUGGAGGAGUCCUGAGGAUAUUCCCAGAGGGGAAACCGUACAUGGCUGACAUAAAGCCGUUGUUCGACAGACUUCUGAUCUUCUGGUCUGAUCGGAGGAACCCACACGAGGUGCAGCCGUCUUAUGCCACCAGGUACGCAGUCACUGUUUGGUAUUUCGACUCUAAGGAGCGAGCUGAGGCCAAGAAGCGCUUCAGAGGCCUGACAGCUUCUGGUGAGGAGCAGAGCAGCAACUCCAGCUGAUGGGGAUACACGCUGCCACCUAGUGGAGGCUUUACCUCAUCCCCCUAAACCUCCAAACGGCUGGAACGAAGAGUUGGAGCUGAACAGAUUUUUUUUACGUCUUGGACUCAGUUGGAGUUAUCUGGAUUUUUUACUCUUCCACUUUAUAAACUCUGUUUUUCCAACUUGUCCAACUCAGUGUCCCAAUACUGAAGAGAGAAACCUUCAUGAAGUGCUGCUUUCACCCGAGAAACCACAAUUUUUGUCUUGCUCCGACUUCCUCCACUUCUCACUGAUGUUUGUGCAAUAAUCUGUCAAGUUUCUACAAGUUUCUGAUGAAGAGGGAGAGUUGGCAGAAAACUCAGGCCUGCACAGAGACUUCUCAAACCUGUGUGAUAAAUGCUAUUUACUGGAUGUUUUCCCACAGAUAUUUAAGGUGGAAUGUGGUGUUGCUGCAUCUUAAAGAUGGGGAGCACAAGGAUACAGAUCAACUGUGUUGGAAAUGUUUUUAACUGAAGCUCAGAAGUGAUGAAAGCUAUUGUAAAUAAAUGACUGAUGCUGGUUUUGGGACCUUGAACAAGGUUUUCUAAAAAUCUGCUUAGAAAAUAACUUUUGUAAAUAUUUAAACAAACGAGUAAAGUUCUAACCAGAUGUUUUAAAAGUUUAAACACUUCUUGAAUAAAGACUUAUGAAGUGAAAGUAAGAACACUUUCUUUGUGAUGAAAAAGAUACGUCAAAUUAAUAACUAUCAAUCUGGUGUACUUUGAGAAAACAGUGUCAUGCUGGUAAGAAUGUAUAAUAAAGUUUUCAUGGUAUUUUAAUA